UGAGAGAUAUCGAAUCGAUAUAUAACAACACAACUGUUCGAAGUUGGCGAAGACAACAAUAUAUCAGAUCAGAUCAGAUCAGAUCAUGGAGUUCCCAUUUGGUCAUCACUCCCACUCUCACUCCCAUCACCACAAACAAAGAGAUGAUGAUGACGAUGAUAAUUAUGAAGAAAAAAGAGAAGAUAACUACAAUUACCCACCUCCUGGAAGAACCACCAUACCUGGCUUCGAUGACCAACCACCACCACCACCACGACCACACUCUUAUUACCAAGAAGAUGAACUUCCACCACCACCUCGACCACACUCCUAUUACCAGGAAGAUGAACAGCCACCACCACCACCUCGACCACACUCCUAUUACCAAGAAGAUGAAAUGCCACCUCCACCACCAACUCACCUUUCCCACACCUACCACGCGCCACCACCUCCCCAAGAAUAUGGCUACUCUGCUUAUCCAUCAGAAUCAGAAUCAGCACCACCACCUCCAAUUUAUUCCUCUUCUACUCAUGUGGAACAUGUUGCCUAUGAUGUGAACCCCUCUGAAGUUGAAGCUGAAACCCACCAUUCCCAUCGUCCACAUUUACCUUCCUUCCUUCACCAUCAAACCCCACAAAAUCCCACCUCUGAUCUUUACAACAAACCCACUUACAAGAUCUUCUCUAAGGCUGAACCCAAUUUCUCACUCACAAACAGAGAUGGCCAUGUCAUUCUUACCCCAUCUGAUCCAUCCGAUGAAUUCCAGCACUGGUACAAAGAUGAAAAGUACAGCACAAGAGUGAAGGAUGAAGAGGGGUUUCCCUGCUUUGCUUUGGUUAACAAGGCCACUGGUCAGGCUAUUAAGCACUCUAUUGGAGCUUCUCAUCCUGUGCAACUGAUACCUUAUAAUGCUGAUGCUCUUGAUGAGUCUAUCCUGUGGACUCAGGGCAAGGACUUGGGUGAUGGUUUCAGAACUGUAAGAAUGGUGAAUAACAUUCGUCUUAAUGUGGAUGCUUUUCAUGGAGAUAAGAAAUCUGGAGGUGUGCAUGAUGGUACCACUAUAGUACUGUGGGAAUGGAACAAAGGGGAUAACCAGCGAUGGAAGAUCAUCCCCUACUGAUUUGCUUGCAGUGCUGUUGCCCAUGCCCUUGAAGCUGUAUUGUGAUUAUAAGAAUAUGAGUUUGGAAUCUGCUGCUUUUGGUUGCGAGUGUGUGUUUGUGUUGCUAUUGUUCACUAUGUGUGAAACUAUGUACUACUGCUGUUACUUUAUAUUCAUAAAUUAUUAUUAAUAUCGAUCAUUAUGAGUAUGAUAACUACAUAUAUAGAAAACAUCUGCUUCAAGUUCCUGCUCUAA